AUGUUUGCCAGAACCGCCCACCGAAGCGUCGUCCGGACCGCCAAGCGGUACGGCUCCAGCUCGUCCCACGGCAACCACGACGUGCCCCCGAGAACGUUCGAGUUCAACAUCACCAAGGUCUUUGCCGUCGCCGCCGUGUUGGGUGGCGCCUACAUCUUCAAAAACGACCGCUUCGCCAAGCCCGCCGUCGAGACCAAGUUGUACAAGGAACAGGCCGACGGCACCAGGGACCACUUGAGAAACGAGAACUUUGCCCAGAGAUACGACGUGUCGUUUAUCAAGGAGUUUAUCCGCGACAAGGGCGGUGUGGGCCAGCGCCAGUACCGCCGCGUCGCCGACGGCGCCGCCACUCCCACCACGUUGAUCAACGCGUCGUCCGCCUACCGCACCGAGUUUGGCGCCGGGAUCAAGACCGACGAGUUGGGCCCGAGACAACAGCGGAUCCGCAUCUUCGCUGACAACUAG